UUAAAAGUUGGUGAAUUCUACCGUAAGGAUAUACAUGUACAGAUGGCUCUUCCACACACACCACCGCAACCAUAUACAUGGCUCUGGCCACCUGCCUCACCUCUAUCCUCCUCCAGGAUGACCACGAUCACCACCUCCGGUACUCCCACCCUGACCACCAACACCUCUACCAUAGUGGCCCCGUAACCACCUCCACCACCUCCCUGACCUCCCGUCACCACCGUUGUACCCUCCUCCACCACCACCACUUCCCUGACCCCGUCGUCACCUCCAUCAUUUCCGUCAUCACCACCUUCGUCCUCACCGCUACCCUCAUCCUCUCCGCCUCUGCCUCCACGUCGGCCUCUACCUCACCACCACCUCUAGCUCCUCUACGGCCGCGACCCCUCCCCCCUCGCCGUCCAACCAUUCCCAACCCUUCCCACCAAACCCCAUUUCCGAUUCCCGUCCUCAAAAAAGAAUCAAAAGACCCUGUGGUUCAGUUUCUGGAAGGAGAACUUCUCAUAGUGUGUUUGUAUUCCAAUCCAGGUGGACGCUUUGCCUCAAGGGAAAAAAUGAGCCUUCUAAAGAACUGCCGAAGUUUUCUGUCAAACUUUUUCUUCAUUCCAGUGGCCAUGUUGCAGCGAAAUUCCAAUAUGACCAGGUUAUGGAUGUUCCCGCUUUCUUCCUUGUCCGAAGCAGAGAAGGUUCUAGGAGAAAUAUCUAAUUAUAAAGUUCAGUUGGAGGCGGUAAAAGCCAAAAUCAAAUCUGCUAAAUCAAAAGAUGAGUCUGAAUCUCUUAAAUUUACUCAAAAGAAACUGAUUAACAAGGCAGGUUGCAAGUUUCUUAUAUUUGCGCACCAUCAGCCAAUGAUAGAUGCGAUACAUGAGUGCCUUCUUAAGAAAAAAGUGGGUUGCAUCUGGAUUGAUGGAGGUACACCCGCUGCAUCAAGGCAACAAUUGGUUACAGAUUUCCAGGAAAAGGAUUAUAUCAAGGCAGCUGUACUAUCCAUUAAAGCGGGAGGAGUUGGAUUAACUUUAACUGCUGCAAGCACAGUUAUCUUUACAGAACAAUCCUGGAGUCUAGGUGACCUAAUUCAGGCCAAAGAUCGUGCAUAUAGAAUUGGUCAGGUCUCAUCAGUAAAUAUAUACUAGUUGGCAAAUGAUAUGGUUGAUGACAUCAUUUGGUAGGUUCUGUUAUUAUUUCUGCAGUCUUUCGCCGCUUGGUAUAGCAUUGACUUAACAUUUAUUAUGCAUUGAUGAUCUAAAUUUUUACGACUUAGGGAUGUGGUGCAAUUCAAACCGGAUAAUUUGGGGGCAGAUGUUAGAUGCCCAUGAGAACACCUUAGCUGUGUCAAAUAAUCAGCCAUUGAGUAGCCCUGCAAAGCAUACUACUAUUGGGCAUAGGCCUUCAAAGCAGAGAACUCUUGACCAGUUUGUCAGAAGAUGUGAUAAUGUGGAUAGGUCGGAAGUCGGAACAUCAUCCUGACCAGAAACGGCCCUCUUGGUCAUGACUUGUGAGAUAUGCAAAAUGGAUUUCCAUUUUCACAGAUACAUGGCCAGUGGCAAGUGAAUAGGAACUUAAAUGUUGACGUCUACAUGCAGAAGUUUCCCUGUAGUAUUAACCAGAUGUGCUUACAUGGGGAAUUCACCUGUGAUGACACAAAUGCCGUUUUGAAGCUGAAAUCCAUUGUACAACAAAUAAUAGAUUUAGUAGAACUGGCUACACUAAACUAUGUUACUUGUACUGGAGAUAAUGGUUUGAAUAUGUGAAAUAUGUAUUGGAAGAAAAUGUUGAUAAAGUCACCCAUUAGAUUUUAGGUUUCCACUUCUUGUUCUUAACUUUUUGCUCCCCUAUGUUUUGUUUUAGUUUGGGGCUCUGUACAGAGUAUGACAUUAUCAUAUAUGAAUGAGACUUGUAAACUUCUUUACUCCA